UUUCUCCAAACAGAAAAAGAAGUGCAGAGUUCGCCUCGGGAUUGGGAGCCGCUGUACAUUGCCGUUCCCAAUCCCACCCAAACUGACGCCAUCGGAUGCCAGCAUGGUAACUGCAUCAGUUUGGAAAAAUCGGGAGGAGAAGAACGUAAAGGAUCACCACCAACUUGAUUCUUCCUUUCCCUCUUCUUUCCGUUUGAAGCCGCCUACAACAUCUCUGACGCCCCUCGACCCCUUGUCUGGCCGAACACCAAUUGGCACUCCAUCCCCCUCACCACCCUCACCCCCUGGAUCCCCUGCCAGAUCCCCUUCCACUCUCUCCAAGUUCUUCAGCCUCUCUUCCCUCUCCUCUCUCCACAUGUCAUCUCUCUCUUCCUCUUCCCCUUCUUCUUCUUCAGAGGAAGGAUCACAGACCUUCUCCCAUUUUAGUGCUUCUUGUGUUUCCCUGGCUGUCUCAACUCAGUCAUCCUCCUCUGCCACUCCCCCCAGUCCUGCCUGCCCUUCCUCCACAACCCACGUCUCCUCCCCUGCCCCCCAGUCCUCCUCUCCAAACCCCCUUGACCACCAUGGAGAGACCAACAAAGACAGUGAGACUGCCAGAGAUCUUAUGAGCUCUGAGGUCAAAGAGGUGGGGGCAGUUGUUCCACAGACAAAGAGAAUGGUACCCCGAUUUGCUGGCAUCGCAGAGGCCUCCAUUGACCUGAAGGCUUCCUCUGUCUCCUUGGAGAGGUAA